AUGAUGGCAAGUGGGAGGACGAUGGAAUCGACAACAGAUGUCGUCGGCGAUGGCGCCAGAGGGGGGUUGAGCGACACCAAGAAUGAGGGCCUACAGGGAGUUGGUCGCUACAAACUACUAGGCGAGGUCGGUGGUGCUGGAGCUGGCCAGGGUGACACCCUUAGCGAGGUAGGCUUCAGCGUCGAUGGAGUUGGGGCUGGCCUGGGCUAUGCCGGGGUGUUGGGCAACGACGCCAGAGCAGCUGGCAGGGGUCUAAGCGACUCUAGGGCUCUGGGCAACGCGCUAGGACGGUGCCAAGGUAGCACUGGACAACACCAGGUGACGCUGGGUGAUGCUAGGGACACGCGAAGCACUAGGAACACGCUAGGCAACAUAGGUGCAUGUGGCAAACUGGACGGUGCCAACGGUGGCAGCGACACCAUUGUACUUCGCAACGGGUUGGGCGUAGUAGGUGACGAUGCCUGCAUAGGGGCAGGAGGAGGCGACUGUGUAGUGACUUGGGCGACGCCUUUGGCAUUGGAGAUGGCCUCAGCGACGGCGCCCCUAGGAAAUUGGAGGCAAUGCCAACGCGGUGCCAGCCUUCAUGGCGACGCUCUAGGGAGACGCGGUGUUAAACUAAGUGGUGCCAAGUGUCCCUUUAGGCUACUGGGAUACAACAGGUGA